UCUCCAGUCGCCUCUUCUCUCCUUACUUUCAAAGAGUUCCUCUAUCGAAAAAAAGAAAAGAAAAAUGCAGGCCACAACAACGACUAUUCCUCUAACCUGCUCACUGUUUCCACUCCAAGGUUCUCAUGGAGCUGUUGGGCCAUCAAAAUGUAAUCACCCACAGUGGAGAAACUUACAGCGAAAAUGUUCGCAGAAGGCAUUUCAAAUUACAGCACAAUUUGAGUUGAAGCCUCCUCCAUACCCACUGAAUGCUCUAGAGCCACAUAUGAGUAAGGAAACUCUUGAAUAUCACUGGGGUAAACACCACAGAACAUAUGUGGAUAACCUAAAUAAACAGAUAAUAGGAACCGAGCUAGAUGGAUUGUCACUAGAAGAUGUCGUACGUAUUACGUAUAACAAAGGGGAUCCUCUUCCAGCCUUCAACAAUGCCGCCCAGAUUUGGAAUCAUGAUUUCUUUUGGGGGUCCAUGAAACCAGGUGGAGGGGGGAAACCAUCUGGGGAACUUUUAGAAAUUAUUGAAAGAGAUUUUGGUUCUUUCGAGAAUUUCAUUACAGAUUUCAAGGCUGCUGCUUCUACACAGUUCGGUUCUGGUUGGGCUUGGCUAGCUUAUAAAGCCAAUCGACUUGAUGUGGGCAAUGCCGUCAAUCCUUGUCCAUCAGAGGAGGACAAGAAACUCGUAGUAGUGAAGUGUCCAAAUGCUGUGAAUCCUCUAGUUUGGGAUUACACUCCAAUUCUCACCAUCGAUGUUUGGGAGCAUUCCUACUACAUCGACUACCGGAAUCGACGGCCUGACUACAUAUCAGUCUUUGUGGAGAGCCUCGUCUCUUGGGAGGCAGUCAGUUCUAGACUUGAGAUGGCAAAAGUUCGAGCAGUUGAGAGGGAGAAAGAAGAGGAGAGGAAAAGACGAGAGGAAGAUGAAGAUAUAAUAGACGAUGCCGAACCUGCACAAAUGUAUUUAGACAGUGAGACAGAAGAAUCGGAAGUGGAAUAAACUCACAUUGUCUCUUGACCAGAAAAAACGAAAAGAAACACCAGUUGUAAAUGAGACUUUCAUUAUCUGGUGGCACUGAUUCAGUGCCCUUGUCCUUGGUGGCAUUGAUUCAGUGCCCUUGUCCUUGUAAAAUUAUCAAGUUGUAAUCUUGUAUCUUCUCCGUUCUGAACUUCAGUAGUGUAUCAUAUCGUUCACAAGGAGAAAAAAAAUGAAGUUUUGUUGUUUCUAC